UUAUUUUUUUUUUUUGUCAAUUUCAUACCCGAAUACCUGUCCCAUAUGUUUCAAACUUUUUUCUGCAGCUGGAGCUCGACUCGUUUGUUAUUUGUUAUUUAUUAAUUAGUCAAUUCUUUUCCAAUUAAUGCUGGAUUCAAACUUUUAGCACCAACAUAAUAUUAGACAAGCAAUUUAACAAAAUGAAACAUGUUCAAGAAUGACAAAAAUGAAAUUGAUUUUUGUGGUGUAAAACUUAAUUGGAAAAUUGACAGAAGGAAUCAGGAAACAAGACAUUUAUAAUCAUAUGGCAUGUAACCUCAGAAGCUCGGCACAACAAACUACAAAGGCUGCUGCACCAGGAGAACAUCUAAGGUACAAUACCUCGUAAGUACCUGCUAUAUUUCAUCAUCUUCCAUUCUGUCAAAUUUUAACAAUUUCACGACUCAGAUGAGUAAGGAUAAAUCAUCAAAUGUAGCCAUAUAAUUUCAAAAUUAAAACCGCCUGCAGCAGAAAGCUGGGCAGUAAUAAUUCACAGGCACAGAUUUAUGGAACCCUUUCAUCCUCAUGGUCGUCUUUAAUGUAUAAACUCAAAAGUCGAAUAGAUUUAGGGUUAUAAAACAAAUUGAACGAUAGUUGCAGAAUCCGAAAAGCAAAGAAAGUUUAGUUUAGUUUUAGGUUAUGACCGCCGACAGUCACCACGGCGUUUCAUCAUUUGCUGCGAUGUAAGUUUUUACUUUAUAUACAUGAUAAGUUUUAAUAACACCCCUUCAUCUAUAUCCUUAUUUCCCAACUUUGUCCCAAGGUUGUUCAUGAUAUUUCUUAAGGAGUAAAGUCCAUGGAUGGUUUGUGGUUUACCAAAAUUUUAAAUUUAGUUGUUAGUUUUUUGAAAGUACACGAAAGUCAUGCUAGUUUACACUUUAUAACGCAUUUAGUCCCUAAUUUAGACCUGCUGAAACCUUUGGAUUUGUUGGCUGGGGACUAAACGCGUUACAAAGUGCAAACCACGAGGACCAUUCGUAGGGCUGCAAACGAACCAAACGUUCGACGAACAAUUCGUGGCGGGAAGUUCGUUUGUGUUCGUUCGUUUACUAAACAAACGAACACGAACAAGAAAUUUCGUUCGUUUAGUUAAAUGAACAAACAUGAACAGAAGUCGUGUUCAUUCGUUUAUGUUCGUGAACGUUCGGUAACGUGUUCGUUUGUGUUUUUAGUUUUUAUAUUUAUUUAAAUACUUCAAAAUUCCAGGCAAAUUAAAUAUCUAAUAAGUGUCGGUGUAUUAUAUAUUUUGUUCAUGAACGAUUGUUUGUGUUCAUUUGUUUCCAUUUGUGUUCAUGAACAUUAGUUUGUGCUCAUUGUGUUCGUCAACAUUCGUUGCCUAAAAUUAACAAAUAAACACAGACGAACACGAACAAGUUCAUUUCCUUAACAAACGAACACGAACAUAAAAUCUCGUUCGAUAAGUGUUCGUGAACGGUUCGCGAACACAUAUAUUUCUUAACAAACAAACACGAACAAGGUCUUGUUCGUGUUCGUUCGGUUCUUUUGCAGCCCUAACCAUUCGUGUACUUUUGAAAAGUUAGGGACCAAAAUUCAAAAUUAUAAUAUACAACAGGGACCAUUCGUGUACUUUGACAUGAUAAUACUUAGUGCAUCCAGAAUGCUAUGCUAUUUUAAACUUCUACUGUCAACUUAGUUGUCAUAUCAGAUUCCAAUCAUCCUUAAGAUGGUAUCUAUGAUUAUAUUAUUUUAGUUAAAGAAAAGACAUAUUUUUCAUGGAUAGACUCUUAUUUUGAAUAUGACUUUUUGAUGAGAUUCAGCAUAUGUUCAUAUAUGGAUAUGGAGAUCUAUGCUUGCUCGUUUUCAAUAAGUGAUAUUGAACACUAACUAUCGACAUGUGAAACCAUUUGAAAUCAAGAUGUAAUCUGAAUUCUCUUUCAACCUGAAAACCAAAUUCUGUUAAUACUAUGUUUUCAUUAUUUUUCAAAUGAGUAAAUUGCCAUUUUAGUCCCUGAGUUUUUGUCUAAAUUGUCAUUUUAGUCCAAAUAGUUUUUUUUACUCCCCUGGGUUCCUGACUUUUCCUUUUUCUUGCCAUUUUGAUCACAUUGCCUAACUUAGUCUAAAAGCCAGGUUAUAAUCAGGUGUAUUUUUGACAUUAAAUUAUUAUGAGUUUGAUAAAUUAUGUUGUAAACUACCCCUGGUUAUCCCUACACAACAGUUAUGCCAAAAAUAUCCCUAGUUAUAACCAGAUUUUUAUACUGAGUUAGGCAAUGUGAUUAAAAUGGCAAAAAAAAUGGAAAAGUCAGAGACUCAGAUGAUAAAGAAAAACCUAUUUAGACUAAAAUAACAAUUUGAACCAAAUCUCAUAUAGACAAAAACGACAAUUUACUAUUUUCAAAUUGAACCAAACCUUUUUAUCCAAUCAUUUCAUUUAGAGAUAUCUCUUAACCCGACUAUGGCCCAAAACCUUUUCUUUGUUUCAACUUAAACUAGCGUAACUUGGGCCGGUGUAAGUCCAGAAUGAUUAUAAAUAAACGCCGGCCCACUGGGCCAGUAAAAAGUAUCUACAAUCUACAAUCAACAUUACGUGUAAAAUUGUCAGCCUCUUAAAUCCUGCACAUGAAGACAUAACCAUCCAUCGAUCAAUCCUCAAAUAUGCGGUCAUUCUGCACGGCUGUUCUACCAUUAAUACUCACCUGGACCUCUUCUUCACCAAAAGCUCACUCUGAAAAAUGGCAGUUUUCAAUUUCUUUAAGCUAUCAAUGCUACUCACCCUACUCUCCGACGUCAAGUUAGGGUCAUGGACGCAGAAAGAAGCCGUGGCAGUGGGUGGAUUCCCGCCGCAGUGCAGCCGUAUCGAGUGCCCGACAUACGACGUUGUUUACUCUGGCGAUGGAUAUGAAAUUCGCCUUUAUAAUUCCAGUAUGUGGGCGACUACGUCUCCCAUCGAUGAUAUCUCCUUCGUUGAUGGCACUCGUACCGGUUUCCUUCAGCUAUUCAACUACAUCCAAGGGCAAAAUAACUACAAACAGCAGAUCGAAAUGACCGCUCCAGUUCUAACCGAGAUUGCUCCGAGUGAUGGACCGUUUUGUGAAUCUUCAUUUCUAGUGAGUUUUUAUGUCCCGAAGAAGAACCAAGCCGAUCCACCCCCUGCUAACGGAAUUACAAUCCAAAAAUGGGUACACACUUACGUAGCAGUUCGCCAGUUUGGUGGAUUUGUGACCGACUAUAUGGUAGGUGUCGAAGCAGCCGCCUUGUCCUCCAGUCUCUCGGGCACCAUUUGGGCGGACGCCAUCAAAAAAAGCCAUGCUGGUGAAGUCACAACACAAUACACAGUUGCACAAUACAAUUCUCCAUUCGAGUUCGACAACAGAGUAAAUGAGAUUUGGUUCAAGUUUAGCAUGUAAGAAAGUGAAGGGAUGGAGACGAUCAAGAGCCGAAGAAAAAUAAGCAUUUGUGCGAAUAAAAGCGAUAUGUAGAAUAAUAUUAUGUAUCGUAAAUUUGUAAUGUAUGAGAAGAGGGGGGUUUUAUAAAGCAAUUCAAAUAGAUGAUGAUAUAUUAUGUAUAUUUAACUAGUGGGAUUUUCUCUCGUAAUGCGGCGGAAAUACCGUAUAUGCACAUAGCAUAAAAUAGCGUUUAGAAUGUA